AUGCUAGCACGAAACCUCACUGCCGCUUUUUCCGAACAACUCCGCACUGUCAUGAAUAAUAGCAAUAACCCCCCUCAACAGCAAGUAUUGGAAGAAAUGGCGGAGCAGAUAAAAAAUCUGCGAGAGAGAAUCGAACCCCACCAGGAUCUAUCAAAAUCCCAUGAAUCUCAGGAGGGGAACUCAAGGAUGUCACAUUCCAGUAGACGCAAUAAGAAGAGGAGGGAAAGAUCGAGGACACAUACAAGCCUCAACAGAAGUGAAUCCCAAAACGGGGAAUCCAAAACCGCCUCUCGAGAUGCCCGUACUUACCUGGAAAACAAGAAGCAGAGGUCGUUCGAAAGUGUUCAAUCAUUGGUGGACAAGAGGAGGGAAGAAAGGAAGAAAGCGCAACUCACGGGAUCUAGCCAUCCCACCAGCCUCGUCAUAAUGCCGCGGAAUGAGACCGGCAAGAGUAGCCUCCCCGAAGAUCUUAUGCCAAUAAUCUCUCCGUUGGCUCCGGAGAUACUGAAUACUCCCAACCCCGGGAAAAUAAAGAUUCCAAAUAUGGCGGCCUUCGAUGGAACAUCCUGCCCCGAGGAACACUUGAUGGCAUACAAAAACUUGAUGUUGCUGUACACCACCAACCCGGCAUUGUGGUGCAAAUUCUUCCCAACUACUCUCACAGGAGUAGCCUUGACGUGGUACACCUCUCUUCCAGGGAGAAGUAUCCAUACCUUUGCCCAAUUAGAGAGCAAAUUCCUGGGUCACUUUGUGGCAUCCAGAAGGCAGGAGAAAUCAAACUUCCAUUUGCUUAGCAUAACGCAACUGGAAGGGGAAUCCAUAUCAUCGUAUCUGAGGAAAUUCCAUGAGGCAGUGCUGGAGGCACAUGACCCAAAGAGGCGUAAAUCAGAAAAGAAGGAUCCAAUAUCCAAUCGCUCCUCAAGGAGCGUAGAGGAACAUACAUCUAGGAGGGAUAAAAAUUACAUGCCGCAUCGUCCAGAGCCUCCAUCAGACAUGGGACCUCCACGAUCCCGGCACGUAUAUGCCGUUGAAGGGGAGUCCAGGACGCGGAAUUUGCUUGAUAGAGGUAAUGACCCGAGGUUCAAUUUGAACAGGAAGGACAUUUUCUUCGCUGUUCGGGAUGAGUUGCCAACUCCACCUCCUAUUACCACUCCCUCCGAUCGACGCAACUACAAUCUGUGGUUCAUCAAUCGAAAGGACUAUGGCACGAGAGGCGACGCGGAAAGAAGGCCUUGGAACCAGAAAAGAAACGAGGCUAGGCGUGAAAGUUCCAACACACAAGGAACCAUCAAUAUGAUUUUCAGCGGCUACACCGAGGAAUAUCCCACAAUCCGCGCAGCGAAAGGCAGCGUCCAUACUCUGUUCAAAGGACCCCCAAAAACCACCUCAAGUGGGCCGAUCAUGAGAUUUGAUGCCACUACUUCCCAACCGUUGCAACAACAACACACUGAUCCUUUAGUGGUUACCAUCAAGAUUGGGCAAAUGAUGGUGAGGCGAGUAUUGGUGGAUACUGGAAGCACAGCCGAUCUUAUAACGAUGGAAUGCCUAAGAAAAAUGAAAUUCGAAGAAAAGCACCUGCAACCCCUUGAUAAACCUUUGAUUGGGUUUGGAGGAAACCAGGUCAUUCCAAUGGGAACAAUCAUACUCCCUGUGCGAGUAGGGGAAAGAAGCGGAAGCAGAACUAUGCCCAUACGAUUCACGAUCAAAGCAGCAAUCUUUCCUCAUCAACUCUUGUUGCAAUUCGAGCGGGAUGAUGGACAAGUUGGCAUCCUCAAGGGAGACCAGUAUAGCUGGAAGUAUCAGAAUAUAAAAUAUCCGCGUGAAAUGCUUCACAAAGGCAAGGAUGUCUCAGCUGGUUUGAGUGUUGUUACCACGCGUCUUGGGUAG